CACUAGUGAGUUAAUAGCAUCGAAUAUUAAAAUGUGCAUUUAGGUUUAGCAAAAGUAUAUAAAUUGUAGCGUUAUUUAUAAAAUAAAUAAAUAUAAAUAGAAAGUAUAUUUUUAUGUACAUCAAAUUCGGAAGAUUAGUAAUUUUGAUUUAAAAAAUAUCACGUCAGCUGAUUUAAUUAUGGACACUAAACACUCAAGUGUGUUGGAACCAAGACUAAGUCUAAGUUCAACACAUUUACCACAUCCAAUUGCUGAGUCUACGUGUAUCAAUAUAAAAGAAUCAUGUACGUCAUCCUUCAGAUGGGGUGGUUCGCCUAUGAACGUAAAAAAUCAUAACUCCAACGUUAAUAUUUCCAAUGCACAAUCUGAACUUUGUAAUGUGACAAGAAAUUCUUCUUUGUUACAACGUUCUAAGGUUAAUAUUAGUAAAAUCGACCCAAGGAUGUAUAUAGACGUACAGAGCAAAGGUUUGGCUUCAAGGAUUGUGAAAUAUCAUGAGAGAGGUAGUAAUUUACAUCGUAGUAUGUCUAUGAAUAAUAUAUAUAAUAAGCCUGGACAAUUUCCAAUUGUAAAUUUGAAGAAAACAGAGCUACCUUAUAGAGCCAUUAAACAGAAUGUCUCAAUGACUCGUAUUCCACCACCUGAAACAUCUGCUUUUCAUGGUAGAACCGUAUCAAGUUUAUUGCGAUCGAAUUCAAUAAUUGGUUUGCAUAAAACCGGUGACGAAAUAUCAUGCGAGAAUCGUCCAAUUAUGCACCCUCCAGCAACAGAAAAUGAUUUAGCACCAACAAGGAGCGUGUUAGAAGUAUUGAAAGAAAUAUCCAGAAAACGAAUCAAUAAUGAAGACCUUACCAACAAUGAAUCUAUGAAAAAGUAUUGUAAUAGAGAUAGUGCAGAUAUUGCAGAUGUGUCCGCAACCAUUUCGGAGAAAAAUUCGAGUACAACGUACAGUGGAAAGAGACAAAGAGAACAGAUGAAUAAUCAACAAUAUAUUCAGAAAACUCAAGCGAUAAACACAACUCAAAACUCCCCAGAGCAAAUUGCUAAAAAACGUAUGUGUACAUAUAAUAAUGAUAUACGGAGUUCUUUAAGUUCUAGUCUUGUACAUUCAAACAAAAAACGGUACAAUGACCAAAAAACUGAUGGAACAAAGAGAGAAUUGAUUAAGGAAGCAUCGCCGAAAGAGAGUUAUGAAAGCCAACAAGCAAAAAUACAUCGAAUGCAAACAAAUUUACGUUUCGAAGAAUUGUCAAAGACUCUUAGUUGUAAUAAACCUAUAACUCCUAUACCACCAACACCAUUCAAUCAAAAUGUUAGUAAUUUAAAUACAGCAAAAGGAAUUUUAAGUGCUCCAGCUCAACGUACUAUAUCGGAACCAGUUUUUUACUCUAACGGAAAAAUUGCUAAUGCUAGUAAAAAUAAACCUAAAUUGACUCUGUUUAACAAGAAUUGUGAAGAUAAUGAAAAUGAAAUAAAUAAAUUGGAUGACGAAUCAACAAUUAAUUUGGAAUUUGCAAGCAUUCAGUUUAUAAAACCAAAAAAGUCUGUAUCUACAAUAACAAGUAAAAAUCCUCUUAUAGAAAGAACACAAAAAUCUAAAUUGGCCUUAAUGCUUUCGGGUUUACGUGGAGAAUUAUAUCAAGGAAGUGAAGAUGAAACUGAUACAGUGCCAUCUAAAGAUCAAUAUAAAUUACAGUCACCUAGUUUAAAUAACUUACCAAACGUUGAAGCACAAAAAGAAGAUGUAUUAGCAACUAAUAAAGUACUGAAUACAACUACUACAAACAGCAAUAUUUCUCUGAAUUCUGACAGUGACAGUAACAGUAAAACAUUAGAUUCUGGCAAUGUUGCAACUACUUCUUCAACAACAGCAACAACGGCAACCACAAUUACGACUACUACAUCAACUAUUAGUGAAGGUUUUAAGUUCACACCACCAAGUACUUCAGUUUUAAGUACUUCGACAACAGUGGUCAAUUCUUUAAAAAAAGCAAAUCCACUCACGGGAAUUAAGUUAACACCCCCUCAAACAAUGACAACAGUUGGUACUAGCAAUGCCCCAUUUACUUUACCCUCAGUUACAUUAACAGCUACUUCAACUCAACCAACUAUUGCUUCAUCAGUAGCUACAACUGUUUUAUCUGUCCCUUCAUUUACUUCUGACACUGCAAUCAAAUUGAAUGCAAAUCCAAUUACCAUACCCACAACAACAACUGCUGGCGGGUUUGCAUUUAAUAGUAAUCUUCAAAAGUCAACGUUAAAUACUUUAGCUGUUGCAACAACGGUCGAUACAGCUUCAACAACUUCAGCAAAUAGUAAAUCAAUAGGUGGUUUUCCUACUACCACUGUUUCGAAUUCCAACUUUAAUUUUAUGGCACCAGGAACAAACACAGCAAUCAUACCACAAAAUACUACAUUAUCUUCAACAAUACCAAUGUUUAAGCCGCCAACUAGUACUAAUGCUACAAUAGAAAACGCACCAAAACCAUUUACAUUUGGUUCAGCAACUGAAUUGAAUCAUUUAUCAACAAAAGCAGCCGUGAAUAACGCUUUGCCUGUUUCGGGUUUACCAACAUCGAAUGCAUUUAGUAAUAAUAUUAAUCCAACAACAAUUAGUUUUGGUACUUUAUCCAAUAAUAAAGGUCCAAAUAUUGUAUCACCGUUAACAACAUCAACUACAACAAAUAAUACGACUGGACCAAUAGCAAACACCAAUGCCUUUAGUUUUGGUUCAGCUUCUAAUAAACCGGCAGCAACAGCUACGUUAUUUUCAAAAACUACAAAUGAAGGGAUAAGUAAUGUAAGUAAUGAUACGCCUUUAUUUGGCAACCCACCAAAUUUAACUACUGCGACUUCAAAGAACGUAGCAGCACCAACGGCAAUUUCAUUUGGAAUGCAAAAUGCAAAUAACCAAAACAUAGGAAAUUCCAUGAAUAACAACACUAGUUUCACAUUUGGUACACAACCAACCAGUACAAAUUUAGUUUUCGGUAGCAAUGUAACAAAUGCUAAUUCUACUAGCGGAAACAAUAAUGUAGGGCUCAACACAUUAGCGGCUACAACAUUCAAUGCAAAUGGUUCAGCAAAUAAUCAACCAACACAAACAAGUUCACUAUUUGGAGGAAAUGAUACGAAUACAAAUGGAACUAAACUAUUCUCAUUUGGAAAUGUAACCAGUGCUAAUAGCGCUGGAAUUUUCACAAGCACGUUCGGAAAUAAUGGAGGCGUAGAAUCAACAACAUCAAAACCAAAAACUGCGCUUAUUGCUCCUACUUCUACCUCUAUGCCAGCAGUCAAUGUCGUGAAACCAAAUUCUACUUUCGGAGGAAAUACUUCUUCAAAUAAUAUAGAAUAUAAACCACUUUUUGGUAGCACUAACAAAAAUCCAAGCAGUAUAAAUACAUUUGUAGCACCAACUUCUUCGAAUAUUAAUCAAAAUGCUACUUCAUUUUCAUUUGGAUCCAAUACCAGCAAUGUAUCACCUUCAAAUAAUAUCUUCGGUUCUAAGAAUAAUGAAACUGCUAACAAUGCUAAUAUAACGACUUCAAGCAAUAUUUUUGGUGGCAAUAACACUAAAACUACAAACCACAUUGUUUCCAAUAACCUCUUCGGUGCUCCAAAUACAAAUACAAAUACAACUGCAUCCAGUUUUUCAUUUUCAAGUAAUGCCGGCAUAGGUCAAAGUAAGCCAACUACUGCUUUUACAUUCGGUGGUUCUGGUGGAGCUAUGAAUAAUGAUACUGCAAAUACCUCACAAUUGCAGACCAACGUAGUUGCUCCGUUUUCGUUUAAUGGCGUGGCGAACAACGAUAAUAAGGCAUCGACAAAAACCGCAUUCACUUUUGGCAAUAACACUACUAAUAGUGCAACCGGAAACAAUUUGUUUAGUGCUCCAGCUACAAAUACGAAUGCACAGUCUGUAUCAGGUUUUAAUUUUACCGCCGCAGCUCCUGGUAUAAAUGCUUCUACAACUCAACUUCCUUCAACUACAAAUAACAUAUUUGCAUCAAAUGUUGCUAAUCCUAAUGAGCGUCCCAUUCGACGUGCUACAAGACGAUUGCAAAAAUGAUAGUAUUGCAUUUAAAAGCACUUUAAUGCAACCUAAAAUUUUUAUUUCAACAAAUUGUACAGAUUGCAUCCAACUUUUAUUUAUUUAUGGUAGUAAUUCAAUGUUUGUGUAAUCAGCUUACAUUACGUUGUAAACUUUUUGUAAGAGCGGAUAUAUAAAUAUAUUGACUAAUUUAUUCA